GGGAGGGGAUAAAACCUCUUCUCGUCUUUGUAGCUGGGAGCAAUUGAUCAAUUCUCCUUCCCGUCUUCAACUCUUUAUUCGCAACUUUAUAACCAAUUCUUGUGAUACCAACUCAAAGCUUUUUAACAAAGACCUAUCAAUCAAUCUUCACAAUGUCUUCUAUCACAUUCAUCGCCUCAAUGGAGAGCUCUGCUCAACUUUCCAAAACUCAACCUCAACCCAAGCCCGUAUUUGCACUUCCCAUCAUACCCGUCAAAGCCAACGAGCCGUACUAUCACGAAUCAUAUCCAAUUACUACGCCAGGUGUUGAUUUGAUUCUCGCUUCCUCAGAUCUGAUUUCAUGUCGAUUUGCUAUCUCUUCUAGAAAGCUGGCUUUCCAACCUGAAGUAUUUUCUCGUACCGAUAGAGUCAAUAUCGAACUUUCUCUUGGGGUUCCUUUGGUUCAGAUGGAUGGAUCUAAAGAAGUCGUUGAGAUCAUCUUAUCUUGCCUUGAUUCAAACUUGAUACCGGACCUAUCUGCUUACAAAUUUGAUGAUCUCGUUAGUGCACUCGAAGCGGUGGCAGGCGGGUUGGAACUUGAGAAAGUGGAACGACUUUGUUUGCUUGCAAUUGGUUCAUAUUACAAGUCCAAGCCCGUUCACGUAUUCGCACUGGCUGAAAUCUACGAAUGUGAUUGGAUGGCCAAACUCGCAUCCGAGGAAACAUUGCCAUUGGACAUCACUCUUUCAGAGCACAAGCGUCUUCUUUCCAGUGAAGCUUAUGAUGCCUUGCUCGAACUACACUCCUAUCGAAGGAAAGAAGCUCGUCGAAUCUUAAGCAACUUGAGGAUACCUCUAAGCUUUUCACAUCCUUCAAAUUGUGAACCAUCUCACAUUGAAAACUUUUGGAAAUCUUCGUUAGGUAGACUUAAAAGAGCUGCAUUGAAUUCAUCAGCUGACUUGAAUAUGAAGAGGUUGUUUUCACCCGAACUUGAAAAAGCUGCAAGUUUAUUACCUUGCUCUUCAUGUCGACAAUUGGUUUCUUGUUUUGCUGAGUUGGCUGCUAUAGAGUUUAGUCAAGUUAGGCGUUGGGUUCUUCCCACUUCAUCUAAUUUUUCUGAUUCAAGCCUUCCUACUCAUGAAGCUUCUUUCAAGCAGUUGUGAAGUCAAAUUGAUGUAGGAUUGAAGUCUAAAGAUCCAUUUACAAUACCCUCUUCAAUGCAAUCUUGUAAACUCAAAGCUACUUUGAACAUUCCCUGCAGAGAUUCUUGUAAUACAUCUUCUUUCUAACAUCUUCGUUUUUUCAUAUCUCUAUGUAUUCAGAAUAUCACCUUGGAUUUCUUGUUGGUGAAUUUGUAGAUCAGUAUGUAGUUUUAAGAUCAUACAUUGUCUUCUUUGAUAAAUUUUCUAUUUCACAUUCUAUGAAAAAUCCAUGUAUACAUUAUUUGAAGGUCU